GACAAAUACAUAUGCAUGUGUAUAAUCGGGCGGGUUCGGGUUGGAUAGUGAGAUAACCAUGCCCACCCAUUACCCGCAACAUUCGGGUUCGGGUUUUACCCGUACUCACAAAAAAUGCUUCGGGUUCGAGUUUUACCCUACCCGAUUAGGUCGGAUUCGGGUGGAUAUCCACGGUUACGGAUAUUUUUGCCAUCCUAAAGCCAACGAACGCUGAAAGAAAAUGGAAAUGCAGAAAUGGGUAACUGAAUUGGGUGGGCUUUUGGGCCCAAAUAUAUUAUCUUUUCUUCUUUCCAUUUUCCAAGACCCACACACAUAGCCCAAUAUCAAUAGCCCUUCUCAAUUUGAACCAGCCUCAUCGGGUAAUACCCGACCUGACCCGCGAUGGGGCGGGUAUUACCCGACCCGCAUUAGCGUGGGGCGAGGCAUGGGCAUCAACUUCCGAUCCGUUCUGCCUUGUCUCGUCUCAUUUUUAGCCCGUUCUAUGUCAAUUUUUUACCCCAUUAUUCAUAUAUCUCCUAUUUUGGCUUUUAUUCAACUAGUUAUACUUGAUCUUUCAACUAAAUAGACUCAAUUACUUAAGAUUUGUAGUAUUUUUUUCAGGAAACUUGUAUGUUUUAUGAGGUUCAGGGGACUUGUGGUCUGCUUUGAGUUUUCUUGUAUGCUUUAUGAAUUUUGUGAUGUGGUGAUAUUCUAGUGUGCUUUAUAAGUUUUCUGGUCUACUUUAUGUUAUUUGUAGUGUGGUAUAUUGUGUUUAUGGUUUGUGUUUUGGGGUCGUCUUCAUGAUUGUGCCGAGGGUGGUACGCAGAAUAAAAUAGUAGCACCACACGCAUGUGCCUCCUAUAAAUUUUAAAAGUCACCCCCUUUAAACUCGAUAUUAAUUGUGGUCAAUCCCUUAAAAUAAAAAUUUUAUCAAAACGAAAUGUUCUAUUAGCUAGAGUUAGUGUUAGUAUCAUGCUAACAAAUUGAGUGUUAGCACGGUAAUCUUUGUUCAAAUCAAGACCGCAAAAAAAUAAAAUAAUUUAUACUAGAUUAAUUUUUGGAAUAUUGAUUUUAUAAAAUUUUAAGGUAGUACAACCGAGAUUUUGAACUUUUAAGAUAGAGGAGAAUUAAAAUAGAAGAAACAUUAAAUUCAAUAUCACAUACCAUAUUUCGUUUUUGUUCAUUUUUCCCCCUCUCACACAACAAAUUAGCAAAAAAAAAAAAAAAAAGUUAUAACGCGAAACUGCAGAAACACCACCAUCCCUACCACCAACGUUUCCGCGGUGUCGGUAAGAUCCUCCGUUUCUCUCUGCCUCUCUUUCUCCUCUCUCUCUCUCUCUGUUUCGUUAAUCCUUCCGCAAAAUUUUAAUUCCUCUCGUCUGAAUCUUUACUAUUUAUCCCUUUUGACUCGUCGAAUCCAAGCUCAACAUUUCCUCGAGCUCCUUUCCUUUCGUUCCUCAUCCCCUCCGUUUUUCUUUUUCCCCCUUUAUAUUUUUUUUCUUUUGACAAAUCGUCAAUUGGAUUUCAAUAAUUUCGAUUCUGUUCCCAGAUCGUAGAAGGACGUUCCGAUCGGGAUUCAAUGGCGGCAGCUCGACGCCUCCGGGAUCUCCAAUCGCAACCCGCGAACAAGAUCUGCGUAGACUGCUCCCAGAAGAAUCCGCAAUGGGCCUCCGUCUCCUACGGCGUUUUCAUGUGCCUUGAGUGCUCCGGCAAGCACCGCGGCCUCGGCGUCCACAUCUCCUUCGUCCGAUCUGUCACCAUGGACUCCUGGUCCGACAUUCAGAUCAAGAAGAUGGAGGCCGGUGGCAACGAGAACCUCAACUCUUUCCUAGCCCUCCGAGGAAUCCCUAAGGAGACCAAUAUCGUCUCCAAGUACAACAGCAAAGCCGCCGCCGUUUACCGCGACAGAAUCCAGGCGUUGGCCGAGGGCAAGCCUUGGCGGGACCCGCCCGCCACCAAGGAAACCCUCGGCGGCAGCGGUGGAAGCGGCGGCGGCGGGAUCGGCAGAAAGCCGCCGCUUUCUCAAUCCUCGCCCAAGGAUAAUGGUGGCUGGGAUAGUUGGGAUAAUGACGAUGCGAUUAGAUCCUCCGACGACCUGAGGAGGAACCAAUCCAUCGGCGAUUUCAGGGCUAAUGGUAGCGGCGCCAUGGCCGGUGGUCGCCCGAGGUCGAGAUCGACCGAGGAUAUUUAUACCAAAUCGCAAUUGGAGGCCUCUGCUGCUAAUAAAGAAACCUUCUUUGCCAGAAGAAUGGCAGAGAAUGAGUCGAGGCCCGAAGGUCUGCCGCCUUCUCAAGGUGGCAAGUAUGUAGGGUUUGGAUCGGGCCCUCCGCCUUCUCAGAUGAAUAAUUCACAACCAGACGUAUUGUCUGUUGUCUCUCAGGGAUUCGGCAAGUUGUCUCUGGUGGCAGCUUCAGCAGCCCAGUCAGCUGCUACUGUUGUCCAAGCAGGCACCAAAGAAAUCAGCUCUAAGGUCAUGGAAGGUGGUUAUGAUUACAAGGUGAAUGAAACUGUCAAUGUUGUGACUGCAAAAACAACAGAGAUUGGACAAAGAACAUGGGGGAUUAUGAAAGGUGUCAUGGCACUGGCUACACAGAAGGUCGAGGAAUAUGCCAAAGAUGGCGGGUGGAAGAAUGAGAAUGAGAGUAACGGUUAUUAUCAAGAGUUCAAUAAGCAAGACAAUAGAGGAUGGAAUUCUAACCCUGGUGCUGCAGCAGGACAGUCUUCAUCAGGCGGAAAUUAUAACUCAAGUGGAAACUACAAUUCGAGUGGCACCUACAAUUCAAGUGGAGGCUACAAUUCGAGUGGCAACUAUAAUUCAGGUGGGAACAAUAGCACUUCUCAUAGUUCAUGGGAUGAUUGGGAUCAGAAGGAGACCAAGAAGGUAGAUAACAAGAAGCCCACUGGAUCAAACAGUGAUGGUGAUGGAUGGGCUGGAUGGGAUGAUGGGAAAGAUGACGGAUUUGGUGAUAACUUCUACCAGCCUCCUGCAAAUAACAACAAAGCCACUGGGCACAAUGGCAAAGCAGAUUCUUCAUGGACUGGCGGAGGUUUUGAUUAAGGGUAAACUUCUUGCUUACCUUCUCUAUCAGUUGUUUGAAUGCUCUUCCUGAUUUUGUCAGCCUCAUUAUUAAUGGCGAUUCUUUCUGCUUCUGGGUAGAUUCCGUCGGCUUUCAAUUUAGCCCAGAUCCUGGGUUUUCCCUGUAAUGAUGGUGGGCUCGUAAAUGGUGGCAAAUUGGAUGGUGAGGAUGUAACAUUUCAAUUUCACCGGCAGGCAAAUGUAGGGUGGCUGUGGAUCAGAUCCUCAACAAUUGAGGGGAUGCAUCCAUCGAGGUUGGUAUAUUUUUCUGAAGAAAUGUCGGAUCUUUUGCUGUCUUUUUUUAUAUUUUCUCUUCUUUCUUGGUGGAAAAAAAAUUUGUUGGACCUUCAUUCCUUCAAGGGAAUAUCUGGAGUGUUAAACAGGGAGAAUUCUGGCCCCCCACCCCUUCCCCAUCAGAAGGGGAUUGGUUCUUAUUUCUUCUUCUUUUCUUCCUUUGCUGAUUUGGAAUACUGCCUGGGAGCUUCGGAGGUCGAAAAUUUGCUUUUCAAUCUAUAUAUGUGUAAUGCUGCUGUAAUCAAAUUGUGUAUCAUUU